AUGGAUUCAAUUUCAAUAUCGUGUAAUGAAUUAAUUAAUUAUUAUACUACAAAUUAUAAUGAACCAUUGAUAAUAAAUAGACAAGAAGUAAAGAGUAAGAUAAUAAAUUCAUUGAUUCAUGAGCCACGACAACAACAAGAACAAGAACAAGAACAAGAACAAGAACAAAAAUCACUACAACAAGGAACGGAAAUUGAUUUAUCUACAAUUAUAAAUGAUUACUGGUCAUUAGAGGAAAGAAUUGAGACAAAUGUUGAAAAUAUCAAAGAUGAAAAUGUAUUGAAAUUUAUAGAAGAGCAGAAAAAACAUAAGGAGAAUUUUUUGAAUGAGAUCAAAGAAAAAGGUUCAAAAUUAAGUAAAGAUAUUGAAUAA